UUGCUCGAGAAGGAUAUGACGAUAGCCUCCGCGCUCCGCCCAUUCAGUCACGUGGGCGCUGGGCGCGGCUCCGCGGGGAAGAUGGCGGCGCCGCGGGAGCCGGGCCGGGACUCGGAGGCCGCGUUCGCGAAACGGAUUGACCCGGCGCGGGAGCCGGAGCUGAGCGCGGAGCAGCGGCGCGUCACGCAGCGCGCGGAGGAGGCGCUGCGCCGGCGGCUCCGGGGCCGCAACCUGCUGACGGGGCUCGGCAUCGGCGCGGUGGUGUUGGGCAUCUAUGGUUUCACCUUCUACAAGAUCUCCCAGGAGCGAUUCCUGGACGAGCUGGAGCAGGAGGUUGAGGCUGCCCGGGCCCAGGCUGCCAAGACCCCAGUGAACUGAGACCCUGAGCAGGCCGGAUCCAGCUGGAACUGAUGCACGUGCCAGAGACCCUCAGCAGCCCGAUUCCUCUUGGGUUGCAUCUGCCUUUGACAUGCCAGGCACUCCCUAUGGUUAGCCGAGUCCCCCUCGGUGGAAGGGGGGGCUCCUCUCCCCUGUGCCCAGUGGGGACCAGGCUCCCGCCACCUCCAGUUAAACUUUCUCGCUGCAGUUGCAGACUGUGGUGCAACAGCACCAGCUUUGUUUCCUGAUGGGCUCUUCUGCUAUUCACCCCCUGCAGCAGAUGGGCCAGGGCCUCAAUAAACCUGUCUAAAUGA